AUGUUAAAUUUGGUCAAUAUCGGGAAAAGCCUUGUUAGAGCUGGUAAGGCUAAAGUGACGAAGGUUAAGGAACCUAAGGCUAAGAAAACAACUGUGAAAGAAACAAAAGAGAAAAUCAAGAAGGGAAAACGACCGGUGCCUAUAAAAUCGGUUAUGAAGAAACCAACAGUGAGGAAACGAAUACUGCUCCCAUGCCUUUCGGACCGGAAAAUUGUCCGGCCUUCCCUAUCAAUUUUCAGAAUCAAGACGAUUUUAUUCCCACACCGGGAUCUUGUUAGAAAAUCGGUUGAGACUGAGGUUUUAGAGGCUCAAUCGAGAGUUUCCGAAAUCAUUGACGACAUUGUGGAGGAAGUCAAUCGUGUGGAUGAAACCGAUGUGACUAGUAAACUUGUUAAGACCGGUCAGAAUACUGAAACUGACCAGGUAGGUUCUAUCAAUGAAGCCGAUAAGUCGGCUGAACGCAAUGAAGAAGAAAACAUUAUAGUCGAGCAGCCUCCGGUGCAUGAAGGCGGUCAUACCAGGAAAGAUUCAACUUGUAUAAUUAAUGAAGAAACCAUUCCAACCGCUCCAACAGGAUCACAAGAAAAAGCGGCCGAUACAACAAUUCCGGAUUCUGUUGAAACACUGGAUUCUCGCAUGGCCGAUGCUGAAGCAGAAAAGAUUGUCAAUAAUGUUCUCAAAACGGUUGAAGAGAGAGCAUAUGCCCUAUCCGAUUCUUAUUAUAAAUGGGCAAAAGCAAGGUUGAAAGUCAAUUUUAAAGACAUGCUCCCAGAAUGCCUUGAAGAGAGUAAGUGGUCGACUUUAGUAUCACUGGAAGAAUACGUGCUCGAUCUUGCUAAAACCUCAUCCAUAUUGGUCGCUAUGACAAGAACGAACUUGGUUGAGGCAAAUUCCAUAUUGAGGGUAUUGUUAUUAGUUAUUGAUAAAGGAGAAGAUGAUGUUAUUCAAGGUGAAGUAGCCGACGUGAAUAAGAUCGUGCUCAAAACCUUGAAAACAAUUAAAGAAAAUUUAAUCGCUGAAAUAUCUAUAUAUGAAGAAACGACCGGAAUAGAUGAAGAACCGCCUAAAUCCACUCCGGUUGAAGAAGAAGAUGAAGGGGCUCCAUCUCAACCUGCUCAACCGGAAUCUCCGAUCAAAUCUCCAGAAGAUAAAGAAGAAAACCAAGAUGGGGUAACUACUUCUCGGUCCACCAAUAAAUCGGCCAAGUCUUCUUCGGAUUCUUUGCCUCUGGUGCAACAUCAAAUGGUCGACUCGGGGGUUCCAAUUUCGGAAGAACGCAUGAGAUCUAUCAUGGAGGAAAUGAUCCAAAACUUCAUGGCUCCUUGGCAGGCAUCCAUAGAAGCUAAAGUGAAUGAAAUCUUCAAAGAUUGGGCUUCCUACACCGACUCUAAGCUUGCACACGUUGAAGAGGUAACCUCUCAGACUCUCUCAUCGGUGCAAAUUAUAUCUUCACAGAUGUAUGAGCUGAUAAAGAACCAGGAGGUUGCCAAUGAAGAAAGAAUAAGAGCGGAUGAAGAGACUGUCUGGUUGUUUCAAGCCGAUGAAGAUGAAAAAGCCAAGGCGGCUGAGCGGGAUAACGAGCAGGCGGCUCGGAAAUUUCAACAUGAACUUAUGCAAGAGCAAAUCGAUGAAGAAAGACAGAAAUCUCCUUCUUCGGUUGCCAAAAAGACAAGGGCACAAACAAAUAAAAGAAAGAGUGCCCAAGAGUCGACAAUAGCAGCUCGAACUGAUCCACCGAUUGUAAAUCCCGCCGCUGGCUCAGCAAACUUGAAUCGUGAGGAAAAAGAAGAAGAGGAGGAUGAUGAACCAUUGAAUCAAAAAAAACGCAAAUCCAGUGUUACCAUUCAACCGAUCCCAGCAGUACCAAUUCAAUCUAUUCCUUCAAGUGCUCGAUCAGACCAAGGAACCCGCAGAGAUUCGGUUGACAAUGUUGUUCAGAGUCAAAGAAAUCCAGCUUUUCAUAUUCCUGUUUAA